AUGGAUCGGCAGAGCAAAAUCUUCAUCAAGAAAACCAGGAGGGGAGUUGUCAAGAAAGUGAUACGAGAGCACUACCUUCGAGAUGAUCUUCCUACCGAGCCCGAUGGCGGAUGGUCGGAUGGGAGGUGUGUGGUGAUAGACACCAAUGUCGCCCUCCACCAGAUGGACUUCUUGGAAGUGACAACUUCGGAGGGUGUGCUGAGCAACGUGAUCCUGCUUCAGACGGUGCUGUCGGAGGUCAAGCAUAGAAACCUCGCCAUGUACAAGAGGUUGAAGGGCAUGGCGCAAGCUCACGGAAGGAGGGUGUUCGUGUUCGCCAACGAGCACCACAACGAUACCUUUGUCAAGGAGCUUCCUGGAGAGAGCCCCAACGACUGCAACGACCGGGCCAUCCGAGUAGCUGCAGCAUGGUUCCAGAGGCAGCUCGAGGGAGAGCGGGAGGUUUUCCUGCUGACCAACGACAGAGACUGCAGGUCGAGAGCGAUCGAGCAGGGGAUUUCAUGCUACACAGUGCAUGACUUCACCAAGGAGCACCUCCCAGCCAAAUACAGCGAGUACCUGGCGACGAAUCAGGCGGACGAGGAUGCAGCGAGGAAGCCCGACGGCAAGGAAGUGAGCUAUCCUCCUCAUCUCUCCGCCAUGGAGAUCCAGGAUGGGGUCAGGCAGGGUCGGUUCGUCAUCGGGACCCUGCACAUGGCUCGUGACAACGCGACGGAGGGUUGGGUGGUUCCGACGGAGACGAGGCACGGUGCCAAGAAGGACGACAAGCACGGGAAGGAUAAGGACACAGGAAGCAGCUCCCGCGACCUCCUGGUAUCCGGCAGGUUGAACCUGAACAGAGCGAUGGAGCUGGACAAGGUUGUAGUCGAGAUCCUACCCAAGGAUCAGUGGAGGGCGCCGAGGCAGGUGAUCGUACAGGAGCUAGAUGAGGAGGAGAAGGAGAAAGACGCUGCCAAGGAGGAGACAGUGAGUGAGGUUGACCUCCGACCGACGGCCAAGGUCGUGGGGAUCAUGAAGCGAGCAUGGCGACCAUUUUGCGGCAGCAUCGAGCCCCCCCUGAACCCCAGAGACAAGCACGUCCUGUUCGUUCCCGUGAGCAAGCAGAUCCCAAAGGUCCGCAUCUUCACGCGGCAGGUGGAGGAGCUGCUGGAGAAGAGGAUCCUGGUAGCGAUCGACUCGUGGGAGGCAGACUCGAAGUUCCCCAGCGGGCACUACGUGAGGACGAUCGGGGACAUCGGGGACAUCCAGUGCGAAAGCGAGGUGAUCUUGAUCGAGCACGACGUGUGCAUCCGAGAGUUUGCUCCUGCUGUCUUCAAGCUCCUUCCUCCCGUCGGGCCCAACGGGGAGUGGGAGGGUUUGCUCCAUCGAUCCCCCGGCUGCAAGGACAUUGACGACGCUCUGCACGUGAAGCCGCUGGGGAAGGGGAGGGUGGAGAUGGGAGUUCACAUCGCUGACGUCACCCACUUUGUGGCUCCCAACAACCCGCUCGACGAGGAGGCGAGCUUCCCAUCUCUGACGUCAUUCUCCUCCUCGCAGGUUGAGAGGCUUGCUUUCUCAGUCAUCUGGACGUUGGACGUUGAGACUGCUGAGAUACUGGAUGUGAAGUUUCACAGGUCUGUCAUCAAAUCUGUAGCUGCGAUGACGUACGGACAAGCUCAAGAAAUGAUCGACAACGAGGAGGAUCAGUCACUGCUUGCUAAGGAUCUUCGGCUGAUGCGGGACAUGACGAGGAAACUUCGACAGAAGCGAGUGACGGCUGGAGCCUUGACGUUAGCAUCUCCCGAGGUUCGCUUCGAGCUCGACUCAGUCACUCACGAUCCCAUCGAUGGUCUUUUUGACUUUUUUUUCUCUUGCCCACUGGAGCUGAAGAAGUUUGACAGUCGGGAUUUUGCUGGACGAGCUUCAACCGAGCUCCAUGCUCAUGUUUUCUUCAAGAACAAGGUGGUGGAGGAAGAGGCCUAUGUCAUGAGAUUGAGAAAGAAUGGAAUUGUUGUCCUGAUCCCAAAGUACGGUCUCGAGUCUCCUGUCAUCCUCGAGGAGAAGGGAAGCUCCCAGUACAAGCUCGACGCCGACGGCAUGUGCCUCUCCUCCCCCUCCAGAAGCAUCCGCGUCCUUGACCGCGUCAAGAUUCGGAUCUCUGUCUCAACAAGCAGGAUGCAUCGCACGAACCUGCAGCUCGAGCUUCUCGAGGUAUACGGAGGCUUUUCGGCUGUUAGCAAAGAAAAGGAGGAGGAAGCAGCAAGUCAAGAACCGCCGAAGAAGAAGAAGAAGAACUGA